GCUCAUCAGCUGAACACCCAGCUGGACAUGGAUAAUCGCCAACUUCAGAUGGAUUUGAUUCGAGAAAGGAUCCACGAUUUGCGUGAUAACCAGCAUCAGGAUUCAAUACUAAGGCAACAGAUGAAGCAGCUGAUGGAAAUACAGAAACAAAUGUUGGAAACUGACCUGGAGGGUUUAAAUCCUGAAACGAAUUCAAAAAAGCCUGAAAAUGAACCUAAAAAGUUAUUUGUGUGUCGAAUGUCACAAAAAGGUACUGGUUGGCAAGAAGCAGCCAGGAGAGAUCACAAGCAAGUCAAUAUUAAGGAAGAAGAAAAUUUCAUAGAAAAAAUAGAUAGUGAUUUUCCACAGUGGAUCUGGGAUCGUGGAUGUGGAUUUUUUCAUGACAGAGGGGCAGUGUUUGAGCUUUUAGUUCGUCUGAGAGCAGGUGAAAAUCUUCAGGUGCCUCCAAAAUAUCUUUUGAGUUCACCAGAAGAUUCAGGGACUACUUUGUAUCCAGCUAGUUCUGGUGAAACAUUUGAUAAUAAUUCUACCAAAAGCUCUAAAACUUGGGACAGCAUUUGCUCAAUAGUGUUAGAGGAAGAUUUAGAAGUUGCAUAUGAAAGUACUGGAAAUUGAACAAAUUUUCAAGAAGAUAAGAAAUCUUAUAGCCUGUUUUAUGGUUGUGCUUUGCAUUUGGAU